AUGCAUCACUCGUCUCUCUUCAUCUUGGGCUUCUUGACCGCAACGGCCACGGCUUCCCAAGCCAUAAGCCCCAACCCUCUGCAAAGUCUUUCCAAACGCCAAGAUGAUGCUGAUGAGCCUCACAAAGAUGGAGAGUUUCUAGGGGGCGACCUUGGCGUAUGUAUUGAAGGCAUGAACGACGUCUUCGAGGCCGAUGCUCCCAAGCCCGCACCAGCUUUAUCAGAGUGGAUGGAAGCCAACCCAUUCACCACCCCCUCGGAGUCGUCCGGCCCGGGCGGCGUGUGGUGCACCAUGACAUACCCCGCCAGUCUCUCCGAGCUUGUCACCCCUUUCUACUCCAGCCACACAAGCUGGUGGUCCAGCAUCAGCAGUGCGCUCGGCGGCACAUUCACAUACGAGUGUAACAACGCCACGCUGACGGCCAACUUGAUCGGCAACGACCAGUACGAAGGCUGUCCUGAUGGAUACGGUGUUCUCUUCACCGGACCGGGUGUCACAACGUUCGCCCCUCUGGACACGGUUCCCUCCACUACCCCCUCGGCUGCCAGAGCGACGCCUACUUCCGAGGCGCUGACGAGCCUGGUAUCUGAAAACGAGACCACGAGACCUACUACGGUAACUACCACGUCGCCUCCUGAGGUGACGGGUGCCAAUGGGGCGAGCAGGCUGACCGGAGCUGCCGCUGCCGUGAUUGCUGCGAUAGGAGCUAUUGGGGCCUUGGCAUUAUGAUAGACGACUGGAAGAUAGUUGAUCUGCUAGGUUGCCAGUCAUGGGGUUGUUGCUGAUGAACAAGUCGCUCGGUUAUCUUGCGCGGUUUUGCUCACUGAAAAGGUACAAGUGCGGUGAAGAGCUAGACAUACAUGAUAAGACGACUGCCUACAGCAUACAAUCAUUCCAAGAGGAGUCCCAUCGACGGUGGCAGCGCUCAUUAUGAAGAAGAAAUGAUCA